UCUACUUGCUGCCGCUUCCCCCACCGCAAGCCUGCGGCAUCCCACGUUGCAGCCCCUGUGUUCCCACCCCCGGGCCUACGACUGCGGCCUUGGUGAGCCGUCCUCCGGCCUGUUCGCGUCGGAACAGCCCGGGACUGCGCAGCGUCCAGCGUGCCGGUAACUUAAAAUACUCAGAAACUUUCCUAGAACGUCUGCAGAGGAUUCCCUCCACAAGCCUAACCAAAUCAGACAGAUGGCGACUGGUUCAGAUGACGACGCGGUGCCUGUGCACCCUUUUUCCAGAGAGGCCAAGAGGAUCGUUGCUCUGCCUGCUGCUGACAGACAUCGGCUUGCCCUGGCAAUGCUAUACUCUCCAGAAAUGAGGCGAAAACGAACUAUUAGGACCCUGUGCAUGACUGUCUUAUCUGCUGUUUUCCCAACCUUCAAAGGUCCUGUUGUCAAGGUCACCCCUGUCAUUACUGGAGAAGCAGUUACUUGGCAAAUGCAGUUAUAUGGCACCCCUCAGCUGUCAAUCCCUGAAGUUCCCGAUGAUCCGGAACAUAGGCUUGGAUUAUACCAUGCAACGCUGAACAUUCUCAUCGCUUUGUUCAAGGACUCACGGGACAAUAGCCAUAUGAGGACUGCAGAAAACAGGUUCAAAGCGUUUAAGGUGGCAGUCAAUACAGACAUGGAGCACACACCGUAUCCUGCUAUUAAUGUGUCUGCUUAUGUCAUCUACUUGUCUCUUCAGCCCUGGUGUCAUAGAGUCUUGCGUAGAAUUUUAAGUACCAAAUUCACAGGUCCAGCUGAACAGAUGAUGGUGCAAGUCCAUAUGGUGGCUCGAUGGUCACAGAUGACUACUCUCAGUGCUAUUAAGAGGUUCCUUAACGAGUGUGAUUCGAGCUUGAUCCUAAUACCUGAAGUAAAAGAGGAGAUACCCAAGUUCUAUGAAGCAUAUGAGAGACUUCGUGAAAAAACUGGAGAAUGGUUUCCUUAUGCCAAGGCAAUCAAACACCCUGAAGCCCAGAAGGUGAAGACGGCAGCAUUUCCAAACCUGGCAUCUGCGGCUCUGUACCACGCAGCAGAGACAACACCAACUAUGCGCAACUAUAGAGCAGGGAAACACAUUAGGGGAGGUCUCCCUGAAAGCACACUCAAAAGUGCUUUUGAGCGUAAAAUCUCACGCGAAGAGCGGGCAACACUACACUCCCUAUGCAUCAGCGGUGAGGUGAGUGACCAAGUGUCACAGACACCGACAGAGGCAGAGUCAUCCACAGAUGAUGAUUAAUGAGUUUUUGUUGCUUAAAAAAAAAUCCAUACCCCCCCGCCCCAACCAACAAAUAAGAAACACAAACCCGAAGAAGAAACAAGAAAUCUGGAGAGGCAAUUUAAUAGCUGCUGUGAGGCACACAAAGAUUAGAUCCAUGAAGGCAUUUAGAAAGGAAGUGAAGAGGAGAGUGUAAAGCAAACAAUAAAAUGAUAGUUUUUUGAAUGACUAGGAUAUGAGGGAGAUUAAGUGACAUGUAAGACAUCAAAACAAAAAUGGGGGCUGUAGGCUUUCAGUGGAGGAUUAUAUGUUUGCAAGAUCAGGAAGUAGUUCCUUGGAACUAGCUUUUGAGGGUAGCCUUGAAGAUAAGAAAUUUUCAUUAUGGAAACUGGAAAGAGAGAUGGAAGAGUUACAUUUCAGGGGGAGUUGGAGGAAUAGCCAAGAUGUGGAAGGUUUUUUUAUUUUUGUUUUAAUAUCUGUUUCUUGAUUUUAAAUAGUGCAACAAUAUCUUCAGAGCUGAGUUACUGUAAAUAUUUUUAAAAAUGAGUACUUCAGUACUCUGGGAUGAGGAGGCUCAGAAAGGGCUGGUCAUAGUGAGAUUGAGCGUGUGAAUAUGUCAUGUUUUAAGGGCUGCACAGGUGGUUCUGAGGGCCUUGUAAGAAAACUUCAAGCAGUAACGUGAGCAGACUUUGAAAACAUGCUAGUGCAAGAAGUCAAUCACAAAAGACCACCUACUAUGUGACUCUUUAUGUUAAUAUCUAGAAUAGGCAAGUCCACAGAGGGAGUAGAUUAGUGGUUGCUUCAGACUGGUGGGCGGGUAAGGGAGUGAUAGUUAAGGGUACAGGUUUAUUUUUUUAUUUUUUUUUACAGGUGUAUUUUUGAGAUUAUAAAUACAUUCUAAAAUUGGUGAUUUCACAUCUGAACAUACUAAAAGCCAUUGAAUUGUAUGUACACUUUAAAUGUGGUGUGAACUAUCUUGAUAAAGCUGUUUAAAAAAACUAAAUGAAUAAACAUUUGUCACUCA